AUGAUACCUAUCGAUGAUUUUUCUACUGGUUCAGUAAAUUUGACAAAUGAUCCAUCAACAUUUUCAUUCAAAGUUAAAGCAUUAACAAAUGUAUUAGCGUUAAAUCAUGCUGGUGAUCGAUUAAUUGCAGCAGGACAAGCAAGUUUUCAAUUAUUGGCAAUCGAGACACAUAGUAGCACUGGUUGUGAACGUUUUGUAGAACUUUCUGAUCUACGAAAUGUUCGUCUACCCGUAGCAGAUCGAGACUUUUUAAGGAUUAAAAUUGCACCGAAAGAUGUUACAUGGAAUUAUAAUGACGAACAGUGUUUUGCAUCGGCGAGUGCUGCUAGUGGUCAUUUACUUAUUUGGGAUGCCAUAAAACCGUCUAUCGUUAGUAUAUUACAAAUUCAUGAUUCUGCUAUAAAUCGCAUUCAGUUUCAUCCGACAGAUCCUAAAUUGUUAUUGACUGGAUCACAAGAUGGAAAAGCUAAAUUAAUCGAUAUUCGGCAGAGCAAAGUGUCACAUGUGUUUAAACACAUCAGUGCAGAUGGUUUUCGUGAUGUGGCAUUCAAUAUAUCAAACCCAAAUUUGUUCGCAUCAGCAUUGGAUAGUCAUGGUGCCGUGCCAAUAUGGGAUCUUCGAAAACAGACGGCACCGGUCCUAAAUAUUCCAACAACUGAUCGAACAUUGUGCUUAGCAUGGAACCCGUGUGAGAGAGAUUGGUUAGUGACUGGUGGGCGAGAUAAGACGAUUCGAGUUUGGGAUACAAAUGAUUCGAAUCCACGUCAAGAUCCACUAUACAUUGUUCAUACAUCUGGCACAGUUGCACGUUUAAAUUGGCGUCCAGAUUAUCGUUUUCAUAUAGCUAGUUCAACAUUACAAGUUGAUUCACGAAUUCAUUUAUGGGAUAUUCGUCGUCCGUAUAUGCCACAUGCAUCAUUUUGUCAUCACCAAAAUAAUAUUGGUGAUUUUGUUUGGCGAAAUAAUCCACAUGUUAUCAUAUCUGUUAGUCGUGAUGAAACAUUAUACCAUACAAGUCUAGCGACCGCUGUUAAACCAGAAAAUCUCGCUUCACUAUUUUCAAUCAAUGUAACAUCGAAAGGCUCAUUGACCGUUGUUACACCUCAUGUCGAUAAUGAUUUUGUUCGAGCAUUACUACAUGAUAAGAAUCUUACCUAUCCUCCUCCACCACCGUCAAUUAGUGCGUUGUAUUCAACGGCAAAUUUGGAGAAAUUUUCAUCAUGGACUCCAUCGAUCAAAGGUAAAAGCCUCAUUGUGCAAUUGUCACAUGUGAAAGAUGAUACAAUUGAUAUAUUUCACAAAUUUGCAACCGAAUGGAAAUUUUCUGAUUAUCCUGUUGGUCAAUUGUGUGAUAUGAAUGCCCUAGUCUCACAUGAAUUAAAUCGACCCGAUUUGCAGUUAACAUGGGAAUUAAUAAAAGAAUUAUACCCUGAUUUGCCAAUGGAUAAUAAUUAUCGUUUGAGACCAACACGAAUGAUUCAUUCUGGUGAAGGUGGAAGAGUACCAACAGGUGGAGCUGGUACUCGAGGUCAUCAUUCAUCUGAUAGACAAUAUAACCCGUCACGAUUUAAUAAUAAUGAUAAACAAAAAUCAGGAAUAAAUAAUCAUGAAAAUGGAAAUGGAAAACCAACUGACUUAGCUUUAACACAAAUAGAGCCUUUGGAUGAUAUCGAUAAUUAUAUCGUUCGAGAAGUUUUAACGGAUGAUAUUUUAUUUAUCACACAAGAAGAUGGGAAUAGUAUAAACAACGACAAUGACGAAUAUGAUGGUUAUGAUAUGAUCGAUCUCAUACGUGAUCCAUUUGGUGUAUUAACAAAUGAUAAAAUCGAUCGAGAUCAUUUGACUAGUCCUUACACGCCUAACGGUACUGGAAGACAAGCAAUAAUGAGUUUCUUUCCACCUGAUGGAGAUGUUAUAGAUGAAUUUGAUCGUAGGGAUGACUUUGAUGAACUUGAUGGCAAUAUAAGAGCACCAUCAUCUUACAAUGACGAAUCAGAACGAUUUUUCACUAUUGAUGAAAGUUAUACGAAUACAUAUCGGAAUCAAUUAUGUUUCGACGAUGUCGUGCGAAAUAUGUUAUGUUAUUAUGUUGAAAAUAAUGAACUUCAAAUGGCUGUUCAUGUAUUUCUAACGUUAUAUCAGAAAAUUGAGGAAAAUAGUCGAUUGGAAGAUUUUAAUGGAGCACAUUACGAAUGGAUCAAAUUGUACAUCGAUUUAUUACACCAAAUGCGUUUAUAUGUGAAAGCCAUGCAAGUAACAAAACAUUGUGUUCAAAAUGAAAUUAUUCCUCUUUGUUAUGAUCAAUCCGAAUACGAUUUUGGAAUAAUUGGUGCAAGAGCCAGUGAAAGUAACAAUCCUAACAACAGUGAUUCAAAUAGAGCGGCAGCAACCAAUUUCAAAGCUUCAACAGUUGUACCAGAAGCAACAUCUACAUUAAUGCCAUCAGAUACUCCCAGUGUAGUUACACAAAAUGUCAUGUCACUAAUUGGUGCAUCAGUACAACGUCUUAGCUUCGUUGAAAAACCAGUUAUUUGUAGUAUUUGUCGAUUACCAUGUCGCGAAAUACAUUCAUUUUGUGGUGUUUGUUUCCACAGUGGCCAUAUUCAUCAUUUGCGUAGUUGGUUUGAAAAUCAUGACGAAUGUCCAAAUGGAUGUGGUCAUCGCUGUUUAAUUAAAGAUAAUCAAACAUCAAAUCGAACUGCUUUGUCAUUCAGUGUGAAUAUUGUUUUGAUUGGAAAUGCUGGUGUGGGAAAAACGUGUUUAGUCCGUCGUUUUUGUCAAGAUGUGUUUCCUCUUGGACAAGCAGCUACGAUUGGCGUUGAUUUUAUGAUCAAAACAGUUGAAGUUUGUGGAGAAAAAGUGAAGUUGCAAAUUUGGGAUACAGCGGGCCAAGAGAGGUUUCGAUCUAUCACGCAAAGUUAUUAUCGAUCAGCAAAUGCCUUAAUUAUUGUGUUUGAUAUCAGUAAUCAACCAUCGUUUGAUUGUUUACCAGACUGGAUUCGCGAAGUAAAAGCAUACGCUAAUAAUAGUGUGCUGUGUGUUCUUGUCGGAAACAAGUGUGAUAUUAGUCAACGUGAAAUUCCAGCAGAAAUUGGUGAACAGUUUUCAGAAAGAAACGACAUGUGGUAUUUAGAAACAUCAGCUAAAGAUAGUGAUAAUGUAAAUAAAUUAUUUUAUGGUAUUGCUGAAGAAUUGACACAAAAAGCACGUGAAAGCGCACUGGGUGUACAUAAUAAUUCAAAUGACACAUUUCCAAAAGGACAAACGAAAACAGUAAAGUCCAACGGUCUUCAACCUCCAGCAAAGAAAUUCCGAUCAGGCCCAUUAGGAAGCGGGCCCGGGAGUGAACCUGAUUUUGAUUUUACCAAGAUGAUAACACAAUAUGAUGGAAAUAACAACGAUGGAACACAAGAAAUAUUUGAUAUAACAGAUUUUCCAGAUCCUGUAAACGCCAUUGAAAAUCAAUCUCAACCAUUCUCGAAUAAUAAUCAAACACAACCACAACAACAAAACUUAAAUCAGCCGUCCACUAAUCAACAAAGUUUAUUUCCAGGAACAAUCAAUGGAAAUUCUUGCUCGUCAUCUCCGACCGUCACAAUGAUUUCGAAUACAAAUGCUGGAGGUAAUAAUCCAAAUCAACAACAACAAAUGUAUUUAACAAAUGCACAAACUAGUCGUUCAGUUACUGUUGGAUCUAACCAACAUAUAGCGUAUAUUAAUAGACAACAACAGUCACAAACGGUACAAAAUCAGAAUAUACCGACAAAUAAUAAUCCAAAUAUGAAUUCAUUUCAAACACCAAAUUUACAACGAGUUCAUACAAUACCAGGUGUUGGACAAACGAUUGUAAGAACUGCGAAUGUUAUUUCAAACGGAGUGCCGGCCAAUUAUCAGACAAUACAAACCGGUUUACAACAUCAGCAAAUGACUAUGAAUAGACAACCAGUAUUUCAACGCAUGACAUGUGCUGUAAACAAUCAACAAAAUAUGCAGUACAGACAAGGAACACCAGGAGCAGUAGCCAUGCAACAGCAACAAUCAAAUAUGGUCAAUAUGAAUCAAAGUGUUACGCAAAUGAAUAUUGUGAAGUCUAAUGAUGUAUUUGUGUCAAAUCAAUCAGCUGUUGGUCUUGGAAUCCAACAAACAGUGAAUACCAACACAUCAUCUGCUAUUGCAAAAGUUUUACCACCUAUAAAUCAGCAACAAGUGAAUAAUUUUCAAGUUCAACAACAAGGACAAAUUCAACAAGCACAACAGUCGAACCCACUCACCUUUAAUAUGGCAAAUAUGAACACUAUUCGAGCACAAAUUAUUGAUUCAUCCAGUGCAAAUUUAUCCUCCGUCACACAACAAAACACUUCUGCAACAUCAUACGUAACGAAUUCCAAUACAACAUUAACAAAUUCAAAUGCCACAUUGAAUACAAACUCUUCAGCGGUUGUCAAUGCAACAAUUGUAAACGCUAACAAUGGAAUUCAGGCUUCGAUAUUAGCAACAAAUGGCAAUACGAAUAAUAAUAAUAACAAUAAUAAUAAUAAUAAUCUAAUGAGUGGCACGAAUCAAUCAAUACAAAAUCAAAAUUUACCAUUAACACCACAACAGCAACACACGGAAGUACAAAGAAAACAAUUUAUUCAAAAACAAUUAGUUUUACUUCUUCAUGCACAUAAAUGUCAACAACGUGAAAAACAAAGUUUAAACGGGGAACAACGACCGGGUGGAUGUACAUUGCCACAUUGUACUACAAUGAAAAAUGUUUUACAACACAUGACAAAAUGUAAUGAUCAUAAAACGUGUCCAGUUCCGCAUUGCGUAACAUCUCGUCAAAUAAUUUUGCAUUGGAAACAAUGUAAUAAUCAACAGUGUCCGAUUUGUCAGCCGUUGAAAACACCUACCAAUCUAGGAAAAAUCAAUCAACCGCCUUCUGAUAGAAGUUCAACUAAAGAAUGGCAAAAACGUGUUACUCAGGAAAUGAGAAAUCAUCUUGUUCAAAAAAUUAUUUCUGCAUUGAUCCCAACAACCGACUCUAAUGCAUUGAAAGAUAAGCGUAUGAUUAAUCUAGCGAACUAUGCUCGACGCGUUGAAAAUGAUACAUUUGAAAUAGCGAAUAACCAAGAAGAAUAUUUUCAUAAAUUAGCAGAAAAAAUUUAUAAAAUUCAAAAAGAACUUGAAGAUAGAAGAGAGAAAAAGCGCUUACAAGAUUUGCAGACAAUGCAAAAUACCAAUGGAUUGAUGCAAGGAACACACGUUGAUUUGAUUCCAUCAUCUCUUGGUUCUAUCGAUAAAUUAGCAGGUGAACAUGGACCGCCCAAUCGCAUUGCACCACAAUCGGAAAUUCCACCAUUUUCGUCAUCCAAUAUAUUAACUCAAGAUCAUCAUGAACAACAGAUCAAAACUGAGCCACUGAUGACACUCAAUAAUACGUCUGUUUCAUGUAAUAAUAAUUAUUCUCAAGAUAAUUUCAACUCAUUACUGAAUAAUACCGGUCAAGACACGAUGGAUAUUCAUAAUAAUCGUUCAGACACUAAUAAUAAUCAUAUGUUUUCAACCGAUCCAUUAGAAUCAAUACGAUUUAAAACCGAAGCAACAUCGCCAAAACAGCAACAAUUCGUAAAUAACACCGGAGAACUGAUUACAGUCAAAAAAGAAGAGCAUGAUGAUUGUACAGCACCAAAAAUGUCUUCGAUGCUACCAACUAGAAUGAAAUCAGAAUUGUCAGAUGAUUCAAAAUCGAAACUACCUCAGAUCGAUUCAACAAGUAAACAAUUACCGAAAUGCCCCGUUCAAUUUACACAAGACGAAUUGCGCUCAAAACUUGAACCUGUUAUCCAUAAAAUGUUACUAUCUGAAGAUUCACAUCCGUUUAGACAACCGGUUGAUCCCGUAGCACUCAAUAUCCUGGACUAUCCGAACAUCAUUAAACAUCCGAUGGAUAUCUCCACCAUUAAUAACAAAUUAUUGACUGGCGAAUAUCAGAACCCGUUGCAGUUUGUUGAUGAUAUGUGGCUCAUGUUUAAUAAUGCAUGGUUGUACAAUAAAAAGACGACAAAAGUUUAUAAGAUGGGGUUAAAACUCUCUGAGGUGUUCGUGGAUGCAGUUGAUCCGGUUAUGCAGUCGAUGGGCUAUUGCUGUGGACGACAGUAUGUUUUUCUACCACAAGUGAUGUUCUGUUAUGGGAAUCAGUUGUGUUGUCAAAUACCACGUGAUGGUGCCUAUUACUAUUACAACAAUCCAGAACCAUCAAGAACAAAUCUGUCUGGUGACAAAUAUACGUUUUGUAACAAAUGUUUCGAUGCGGUCAAAGGUGAAAUGAUCUGUGUGGGUGAUGAUCCAGCUCAGCACUUGACUGAAUUACGAAAAUGUGAUUUUAUACCGGCGAAAAACGAUGCACAAGAACCGGAGAUCAUAGUUGACUGUAUUGUUUGUUCAAGAAGAUGGCAUCAAAUUUGUGCAUUGCAUCUUGAUCAAGUGUGGUCCGAAGGUUUUGUAUGUGAAACGUGUAUUAAAAGUUACAACAUUAAGCGAAAAGAAAACCGGUAUGUGGCACAUAAAUUGACUAUGACUGAUUUGGCUCAUAAAUUAGAACAACGAGUGAAUAGUUUUCUGAAAACGGAAUUUGCCGAUGGUGGACGAGUGACGAUUCGAAUUCUGGCUGCUUCGGACAAGGUGUGUGAGGUGAAACCAAGAUUGAAGAAGUAUUGUCAGAAUCAUGUGCCAGAUGGUUAUCCGUAUCGAACAAAAGCAAUAUUUGCAUUUCAAGAAAUUGAGGGUGUUGAUGUUGUUUUGUUUGGUAUGCAUGUACAAGAAUAUGAUGGAAGAUGUCAAGCACCGAAUACAAGACGUGUUUAUAUCUCCUAUUUGGAUUCUGUUCACUUUUUUCGUCCAAAGCAAUAUCGUACUGAUGUUUACCAUGAAAUAUUGAUUGGCUAUUUGGAGUAUGCUAAACAACUGGGCUAUGUUUAUGCACAUAUUUGGGCGUGUCCACCGAGUGAAGGAGAUGAUUACAUAUUUCACUGUCAUCCUGCAGAACAGAGAGUGCCGAAACCGAAACGGUUACAAGAAUGGUAUAAAAAGAUGUUAGAUCGAGCUAUUUUAGAGCAUGUUGUGAUUGAUUAUAAGGAUAUAAUGAAAGAUUGUACGGAUAACCAAGUUCAAUCAGUAACUAAUAUUCCCUAUUUCGAAGGCGAUUUUUGGUCAAAUAUUAUUGAAGAAAGUAUCAAAGAACUCGAUCAGGAAGUAGAAGAACGGCGGAAGAAAGAAGAAGUUGAAGCGGCAAGAAUCAUUGAAGAUGGUACUCUAGAUGAUCCUAUCGAACCCGAUGAUCCAGAUAUAUCUGAUAAAAGAAAAUCUGCCAACACACAUAAGAAGAAAAAUCUGAAGAAAACAGCUAGUCAACGAAAAACAGCUAAAAAACAGAUUUCAAAUUGUUCAGAUUUGAUAUCGAAAAUACUUACUACCAUGGAAAAACACAAAGAAGCAUUUUUUGCUAUUCGUCUACGUAGUCCACUCGCCACUCAUCCUCCUGUUAACGAUACUGACGCUCUAAUACAGUGUGAUCUGAUGGAUACACGAGAUUCAUUUCUAAAUUUUGCACGUGAUAAACAUUAUGAAUUUUCGAGUUUGCGUCGAGCUAAAUUUUCAACAAUGGCACUGUUAUAUGAGCUACAUUCAUCCACAACGGAUAAAUUCACUUACAAUUGUAAUCAUUGUCGUCAACAAUGUGACGUUCGGUAUCAUUGUACGGUAUGUGAAGAUUUUGAUCUAUGUGAAAAAUGUUAUAUUCAAGAAAAGCAUGAACACAAAAUGGAACGAUCAGUACAACCAUCGUUAGUCGAUGUUGGUAAUGAUGAUCAUAGUGCGAAUAAUCCAAAUGGGGAUAAAUCAUUAACUACCCCACAACUACAGAGACAACAAUCGAUGCAACGUUGUAUCGAAGCCCUUUUACAUGCUGUCAAUUGUCGAAAUGCUAACUGUAUUAAUCGCAGCUGUUUGCGAUAUAAACGAGUUAUUCAACAUACAAAAGAUUGUAAAGGAAAAAAUAGUCAAUGUAAUAUAUGUAAACAAGUGAUAUUUUUAUGCUGGUAUCAUGCAAAAAGUUGUAACGAACAAAAUUGUCAGGUACCAUUCUGUACAAAUCUGAAAACGAAAAUUCAAAAACAACGUGCUACAAAUCACCAAAUGGAUCGUCGACGAAUGUAUGCAACUAUGCAACAACGAUCAAAUACAAUGCAGCCAGUACCCAGCUCAUCAUCUCUUAAUCCACGUUCUGAUUCUAUCAAUAAUCAUCAAUCCGGUGGUUCUCCAUCGUCGGGAAAACCGUCAGUCUCCACAACGAUGCUUGUACCAUCACUCUCAACAAAUCGUCUACCCACAAAUGUGAUAUCUGCCCAACAAAUUGCUGCGAUGAGCGGAGGUAGUUUACCACCGAUGAAUCAGCAGUGGACAUCUCAACAACAACAGACAUCUCGUACAUAUCAAAAUCAAAGUGGUAAACCAACGAAUGUAACUGGCAACAUGCCACCGUCAUUCAUAAACAAUAAUAAUAAUAAUAAUAAUAAUAAUAAUAAUACUAACAAUAAUAAUAAUAAUAAUAAUAAUAAUAACACAAACACUAUGCUACGCGUUGUAAACGGUCCACUAAUUAACCAAGGAUCUGGAAAUGGUAGUAUACUUCUUCAUAAACCACAACAAAUUGUUCAUUCACAAUCUGUGGGUAGUGGACUAAUGACCGCUACGAACGAUACAGACAUGUUAAAUGUCAUGAUUAAUCGUGUUAAACAUGAUCCAUCGUCGAUUGAUACAAACGAUCAUCAUAACACAAACAAUAGUGAAUCAAAACAAACUCCACCAAUAUUCCACUCUCUGUUACAAAAUAAAAGUUAUAAUCGACCACAAUCAGGAAUGAGUUAUAUGACAACACCAACAAAUGGAUCUAACAUUAUGCCAACAAAUAGUACUUGGUUAACAGCUCAACCGUCACCACCACAACAACAAUUUCAACCACCUAAUUAUAAUAUCGCCACACGCCAAAUGUUGCGACCUCAACAACAACAAACAUCGAAUCAAUCACCACAAACUAUUUUAGCAUUACGUUCUCCUUCUCCGUCACAGCAACAACAACAACAAGUCGUUGUAGGUUAUUUAAGAACACAAAAUAACGCUACUACUACUAAUACUUCGAAUCCAAAUUCGCUUCAGAGACAGUCCACAAAUAUGACCACACGUCUACCAUCGCCAAUUGUUGAUCACCAAUCGACACCACCAUCUUUAAAUAAAUAA